UUGGACAGUCUAAAUUAUUGUUUAAAGAAAAUAAACUUCAUUAUAAUUAUAAUAACAAUAUUCUUUCAUUAUUAAGACCCAAAAAGUCGACUAGCACUUUACAUAUUCUGGCCCUAUAAAUUUGUUCCAAGCAACUGCCCAACAACAUUCAUUCAACCCCAACAAACAAAGCAACACUUCAAUUCAAAAACACACAUAAAAAACUACUUCCAAAAAAAAAAAAUCCAUGGCAACUACUUCCACUUUAUUCAUUCAAGAAUUCAUGGAGAAUCUCCACUAUUCAAGAAGACUACUUCUACCAGCAACCCCACAAUACCAUCCUGACACCACCCUAGCACCAACAGAUAUAUCACAAGGGGACAUGACCAAUACAUUUGAUGCACAUGUUGUCAUGGUACUAUCAGUACUCUUAUGUGCUUUAAUUUGUUCGCUGGGCUUGAAUUCAAUCAUAAGGUGUGCAAUAAGAUGCUCUAGUUUGGUAUCAGAGUCUGACUCAUUCACAAUACCUACAAAUCCAUCAGCGACGAAGCUGGCAAAUAACGGGAUCAAGAAAAAAGCCCUCAAGACGUUCCCAAUUAUAACAUACACUUGUAAGUUGAAACAUCCAGGGCUCGACUCUGAGUGUGUCAUUUGCUUAUCAGAAUUCGUAGUUGGGGAGAAAGUUAGGGUUUUGCCUAAGUGCAACCAUGGAUUCCACGUCAAAUGUAUCGAUAAAUGGCUCAAUUCUCACUCUUCUUGCCCAACUUGUAGGCACUGCCUCAUUGAAACAUGUCAAAAGAUUGUUAAUGGUCGGAGUUAUAAUUCAACAACUACAAUUUCAAAUUCAAACCCUCAAGCGGCUAUAAAUAGUACUUCAUCAGCCAUACCAGUACAAGAAAUUGUAAUAAGGAUUGAACCUCUCCAACGUGAAGGUGUGGUAUCUAACAAUCAACAUUAGGUAGAAAAUAAUUAGUUAGUGUCUAGAGUUCAGUUGAUUGAUAUGUAACACACACUUGGUAGCUUUCUUCUUGUAAUAAAUUUGUGAAUUGAUUAUUGAUUAGAAGGUGGGAAUCGAACCCUAACCAAAAGGCCAAUGCCCAUGCAGGUUUUUAAGGGGUGCCAUAGGUUUGCAAAUUGUAUCGUCAAUUGUAUAUAAAUGAAAUUCAUUCACUAGAGUUCA